AUGUUCAGAAUUUUUUUUACCCUUCUUAUAAUAAUAUUAAUCAAGAAAACAUCGGCAAUUGAUUUAAUAGAAGGAAUUUUUUAUGAAAAAAAUGAAAUAGAUAAAUUAACAUUUUCUCUCGAUCAUAGAGUUAGAGAUAAUUUAAAAACAGAUUUGAUUUUAAAUAAUAAUGGGGAAAAUGAUUAUGCUUAUUUAAACAAAUACGUUUAUACUAUAUUAAAUCGUGAUUCAACAGAAAAAAUUAAAACAUUUUUUUCUCAUAAUAAAGACAUGAAAUCAUGUGAUUAUUUUAUAUCAAAAGAAUAUAAUUCAAGUGAUAAAACAAAUCAAAUAUGUUAUAAAAAAACAUUUUGCGGAGUAGUAAUACCAAAUAGUGAAGAAAUAAAAACAAAUAAAAUAACAAAUGACAAACUUUAUUGUGCACAUUUCAAUUCUACACAUAUAAUCAUUUAUUACAUAUCACAACCACUUUUAUUAGAACCUCAUGUUGUUUAUGAAGAAACAUUUUUUGAAAAAGGAAAAAAUGAUCAAAUUAAUUGCCAAGGUAUGUAUAUAUCUCUAAGAUCUGUACAUGUACAUACACACAAUGCUAUAUUACAACAAGAAACACUUACAUAUAUUAAAAAUUUAUGUGACGGAAAAAACAAUUGUAAAUUCGAUUUUGAUUCAAUAAAAUAUGAAAAUAAAUCACUUACUCAUUAUUUGUUUUUUAUUAAUAUACAAUAUCAAUGCAUAAGUCCUCUGAAUCUACAGGAAAAUGAAAUGUGUGACGUAUAUAAUGAUGAUACACAUAAAGCAACAUGCAAAUAUGGUUUUAAUAAAAUAGAAUUAUUAAAAAAUGUUUGUGAAGAAAAUUAUAGAUGUACACAAGAUAUAUGUUCAGUAAAUCAAUUUUGUGACGGAGAAAAUGAAACAUGUACAUGCAAAACAUCAUUAUUACCAUCAGCUAAAAACAAUUGUGAAUACAACGAUUUAUGUACAGUUUUAAAUUGUCCUGAAAAUUCCACAUGUGAACAAAUAGGAAAUGGGAAAAAAGCUGAAUGUAAAUGUGAAAAUGGUAAAUAUUAUCACAAUAAUAAAUGUUAUACAAAAAAUGAUUUAGAAUUAGCCAUAAAAAUAGAACCACAUAAAAAAGAAAAAUUUUAUAAAAAUAAUUUAUAUCAAGGAAAAGCAUUAAAACCAGAAUAUAUUUUUAUGCAAUGUGAAAAUGGGUUCUCUAUAGAAGUUAUUAAUGCAUAUGUAUCAUGUUAUAGAGUUUCAUUCAAUCUAAACAAAUUGAAAUAUGUUACAGAAUCAUUAAAAAAAAUGUGUGAUGGGAAAACCAAAUGUGCUUAUGGAAAUACAAUAGAUCCAAUAGAUGAUUUAAAUCAUCAUAAUAUAUGUAAUAAUUUUAAUACAAUAUUUAAAUAUGAUUAUUUAUGUGUAUUCAAUAAUCAAAAUAUUACUUCAGAUAAGAAUUCACAUCUUCAUUCUAAUAUACCAUCAUUAUAUAAUUCAAGUAUUCUACCAGAUAUUAAUAAAUCUAAAUUCCAUUUGAUUUCAAGAAAUAGUCGAACCAACCAAUAUCCUCAUAACAAUAUAUCCAUGCUAGAAAUACAAAAUGAAAUAUCCUCACACAAUUCAAAUCAGUUUAGUACAGAUCCACACACAAAUAGUAAUAAUAUAAACAAUAUGAAUAUUAAAAAGGUAGAAAUCUUCAGAAGUCGUUUUUCAAGUAAAUUACAAUGUCAAGGGGGAAAAAUAAAUAUUGAUAAAGCAAUUUUAAAAGGUGGGGAAGGAUGUAAUGAUUUGCUUUUGACGAAUUCUUUAAAAUCAUAUUGUAAUGAUUUAUCAGAAUGUGAUAUUGGUUUAAUAUACCAUUUUGAUACUUAUUGUAUUAAUGAUCAAUAUCUUUUUGUAUCUUACAGCUGCUCCAAUUUAUGUAAUAAAUGUCAUAACAAUUCUACAUGCUAUGGGAACAGAUUUAAUUAUGAUUGUUUUUGUGAUAAUCCUUAUAUUUCAAAAUAUGGAAAUAAAUUAUGUGAACGUCCAAAUGAUUGUGAAUCUGUUUUGUGUUCACAAAAUCAAGUUUGUCAAAUUCUUCCAAAUGAUAAAUUAAUAUGUCAAUGUGAAGAAGGAUAUAAAAAUGUUAAAGGUAAAUGUGUUCCAGACAACAAAUGUGAUCUUUCAUGCCCAUCAAACAAAGUUUGUGUUAUCGAAAAUGGAAAACAAACAUGUAAAUGUUCAGAACGUUUUGUUCUAGAGAAUGGUGUGUGUAUAUGUGCUAAUGAUUAUAAAAUGGAAGAUGGUAUUAAUUGUAUAGCCAAAAAUAAAUGUAAAAGAAAAGAAUAUGAAAAUAUUUGUACAAAUCCAAAUGAAAUGUGUGCUUAUAAUGAAGAAACAGAUAUUGUAAAAUGUGAAUGUAAAGAACAUUAUUAUAGAUCAUCAAGAGGUGAAUGUAUAUUAAAUGAUUAUUGUAAAGAUAUUAAUUGUAAAGAAAAUGAAGAAUGUUCUAUUGUAAACUUUAAACCAGAAUGUGUAUGUAAAGAAAAUCUUAAAAAAAAUAAUAAAGGAGAAUGUAUUUAUGAAAACUCCUGUUUAAUUAAUGAAGGGAAUUGUCCAAAAGAUUCAAAAUGUAUUUAUAGAGAAUAUAAACCACAUGAAUGUGUAUGUAAUAAACAAGGUCAUGUAGCUGUCAAUGGAAAAUGUGUUUUAGAAGAUAAAUGUGUACAUAAUAAAAAAUGUUCAGAAAAUUCUAUAUGUGUAAAUGUAAUGAAUAAAGAACCAAUAUGUGUAUGUACAUAUAAUUAUUAUAAAAAAGAUGGUGUAUGUUUAAUACAAAACCCUUGUCUAAAAGAUAAUGGAGGCUGCUCUAGAAAUUCAGAGUGUACAUUUAAAUAUAGUAAAAUUAAUUGUACAUGUAAAGAAAAUUAUAAAAAUAAAGAUGAUUCUUGUGUACCUAAUACAAAUGAGUAUGAUGAAAGUUUUACAUUCCAAUAUAAUGACGAUGCAUCUAUUAUUCUUGGAGCAUGUGGUAUGAUCGAAUUUUCAUAUAUAUAUAACCAAAUUAUUUGGAAAAUAAAUAACUCAAAAGAAUCUUACGUAUUUUAUUAUGAUUAUCCAACAGCAGGUAAUAUAGAAGUUCAAAUUAAAAAUGAAAUAUUUCACACUAUUAUAUAUUUGAAAAAAAAAAUAGGCAAUAGUGUUAUCUAUGAUGAUUUCCAAGUAGAUCAUCAAACAUGUAUAUAUGAAAAUGUAUUUUAUUAUAGUAAUCAGAAUUAG